AUGGACUCAGAGCGAAGUAACUUUACCUAAGAAUCAUACUCACCUCCGGAAUCCUAAAGAGAUUAAAACAUUAACCUGCAUCAAUAAUAAUCCGAUUAAUAUCUCAGCUAGCCUUUGAACAUAGAAGACCUUACUCAGAGAUUAGAAGUAAUCUCAUCUCUUAAAGAGAAAUAAAAUAGCGAAAUGAUACAGAGGCACAACAACUCUUAGCAAUAAGAGGAAAGGGAUAUUUCACCUCCAACCAAUAUGAAUUCGGAUAAUUUUACAUUGAUGCAUAAUAGUCCUGGUAAAGAGUCGUUGCUCUACAGUUUCUAAGGCUUGUAGACUUCAAAUUUUCCAACCAAUUUGCAAGUAUCCUCGCUGCUCAAACUUCGUGAGCCCUUGCAAAAUGAAGUUUACCAUUAGCAUAAAGAUAGUUUAGGUGCAAAUUAGUAAUAGUAUUAAAAUCCAGCUAGCGAUGAGAAUGAAAGCGAGAAUCAGAAUAAUAUAAUGCAGGACAUAGGAAGUGAAGAAAGCAAAAAGACUAGUGCUUUCAAUGGAUCAUUUUAUAAAUUUGAGGGCUAGAAAAUUAAGGAAUUUGAGAAGAGUAUUAUAAUAAAAUUUGAGGAAUUCGAGGGAGGAGACUCUCAGACAGAAAGUGAUCCAAAUAGAAAAUACUCGGAAAGGAUAUCAGACAGAAUAUAUGAGAGAUAAGAUUUUGGUUAAAAUAGUAAGCAUAUGUAAAGUUAUGAAGACAAUCAAUAAAUAGUAGACAGCUAAAGUAGUGGUAGAUAGCAAACUUAUCAAGAUUCACCCUAUAGCAAAGAGAGGCAACUACCACUAUUUAUUAUAACAGAAGAAGAUCAAUCUGAAAUUCAUUCCUCAUAUCAGACAUAUCAAAAGAUAUAGAGUAUGAAUUCUUCAAACAUCGAGAGACAGAUAAAUUAAGUAAAUAUAGGAAAUGCUGAGUUCCUUAGAAUACAUUCUGGCGAUUCAGCAUAGUAUCAAUAAUAGCAUCAGUAGUACUUUAUUCCUGCUUCGAGAGAUUAAACAUAAAACUAAAUAUAUCAAAAAUCUAAAUCUUAACCUAUUGCUCCAAAAAAAAACAGCAUUAAGGGAGGAAGCACAAGAAAUUCUUAUGGAGAUUCUAAAAAUGAAAAUAGAAUUGAUAAGGUCUUUAAUACUGAUACAUCACCUAUAGGUGGAGUGAAGAUUACCAACAAAAAAUAAUUUAGUCCUAAUUUCAAGGAUGAAUAAAAAGGGAGAUAAUACGCUCAGUCAAGAAUUUCAAAUGAGUCACCGAGAGUUUUCAAUAACGAAUAGGAUCAAAUUUCGCAUUAUUUUUAUCAAAGGAUGUAAAGCAAUGCUGGCAUUAAAAGUUAAAAUCCUAAUAACUCUUAACCUGAUUUCGCUAUGUCAGAUGAAGACCUACUAAGCAAUAUUGACAGAGUUUCAAAGAUAUUACCAACUAAUGAGAUCUCAGAAGAUGAGUACUAACAACCACUUUAAAAAUUUGAAGAAAUCAAUUUCGCUUAAAAGUUGAGGGAACAAAAAUAAAUCAUUGAUCAUUUAAAAUGUGAGAAUCAAAAUAAAUAGUAGCUGAUACACAUUAAGGAAAGUUAGCUAAGUUUUAUUCAGCAUAAGAAUGAAUAACUAGAAUAUCAAAUCUUGGAAUUAAGUGAUUAAUUGAAAAAUACAGGCUCAAAAUCUAUCUAUUCCUAAAAAUAGCAAUAGGAUAUGGCUACUCAAAUUACAGAGGAGGAAUUUUAAGUAACAUCAGAAAAAAAGAAAAUAAGGCCUAAAAAGGGCAAAUAGAGUCUAUCUGGAUUGAAGAAAACUCCUCAGAGAUCUUUUAAUGACCCUAAUCUAAUUGAGUCGCAUACAAUGUCUGGCCAUGGAAAUCUCAUGUCAAAGUAAAACAGCACCACUAAUGUCUUUGAUACUCCUUAGGUGAGAUUAGAUAACAUGCUUAGAGAGUCACCUUCAAGUAACCCAAAAAAUUAACCAGCUCUUCAAAAGCACUCUUCUAUUUCUUAUAAUACAGAAGACUUAAAUCAUUUCAAAUAAUAGAUUGUUUUAAUCAAAUAACAACUUCAAAGAUCAGAAGAGAAUAAUCUGACUCUUUAAUUGAAAAUUGAGAAACAAAAGAAUGAUAAAGAGAAGUAAAAAGAGAAAAUACUCCAGCUAAGCAUUGAAAAAAAUGAUUUGUAGAAAUAAGUUGAGUAAUAUACUGUUGAAGUCGACAACUUUUUUAAAAAAGCUGAAGCCAUGAAGGUUGAAAUAGCUGAGUAUGAAAGAAUGGUGUUCAAUUUGGAAAAGAAAAGUAAUACUCAAAUAGUCUAAGUUGAUAGAGACAUUUAGGUAUUUUUUAAAGCGAGGAAGUCAGAUCAGUCAAUAUAAGUAGAAUUUAAUUAGGUAAAGAGCCCAAAGAAAAAUCUGCCUGUCAAUGAAGAAAAAGACAUUUAAGUUAAUACAUUUGAUGAAAAAGAAUAUCAGAAUCUAACUAGCAACUUUUCUUCUCAUCAAUAAAUAGUUUCUUAAAGUCAUCUAAAUAGAAACAUUACAAUUAUCAAUAAUAGAAAUGAUCUUAAUUAGUUACUUGGAAAAGCAAAAGAUUAUGAGCAGAUAUCCCUUUAGCUUUAGCAUGAAAUUAAUGAACAUAGAAAAAUGCUAAGAGAGAAUCAAGAAAGAGCUUAGAGAAGUUAAUAGGAACAUCAAGACUAUAAAAGAAGGUUAAAGAAGAGAGAUGGCAAGAUUCUUAAGCUAAAGACCUAUAAUUAGAAACUAGAAAGAGAACUUAAAGAGGUAAGGUAAAAAGUGAUUGACUAUUAAAACAAGCUUCAAGAUGCAAAGCUCAAAAUGGAAGGUAAAAUAUAGGAAAGAGAGUUUAAGCUUAUAUCUCUAAAGAAUCAAAUGAAGCAAUUAGUGAACUAUAAUUAGUAAAAAUCAUAAAAGCCAUCUGGCAAUUCAGGGAUAAUGACUCCAAACAUGUAAGGUUCUCAAUCAAAGAUCAUAACUUAAGAAGAUUUAUUUCAUAUGAUCAAUCAAAUAAUACAGAGACAGAUUUCAGACUAGGAUAAUUAGUCUAUGAUCAGCCGUAGAUUUGAGAGCUUAGUUAAGAAUAGAGCUAAAUCAUAAGAUAAUCAAUAAAUUAAUGUAAUGGGCUUUAACGAAAAUGAUAAUGAUACUCCUUUGAAUGGAUUGUAUGAAGAACCAAGGAUAGUAAAUAAAAAUUCUCAAAAUGUAAUUUACACUGGAUAAGGAGAAAAUCCAAGCUUUUCAAACAACGGGAAUUUAGAUUUAUUUUAAACAAGCAUGAAAAAUGAAAAUUAUCAAUCACCCACACUAAUUCCUACAUCUUAAUAAAUUCCUGUGGAUUCAAUCUAGGAUAAGAUGAGAAAGUCGUUCAAUAAUUCAUAAAGAGAAGACAAUUCACAUGAAUUCUAAAAGAUCUUUAAUUCGUCUUUAAAGAGAAUAAAUCAAGAACUUGAAAAUAUCAAGGAAGUUAGCUAAAAUCCAUAAUAAGCCUUAUAAAUCGAGAGAUAAAAGCUGAUUCUUAGCAAUAAUAAUCAUAGAUUACCAAAGAAGCCUGUAAAUUACAAUUAAAUUAAAGCCAAAAGUUAAAACUUAAUAUAUAACUAUGUGCCUGAUGAGUUUGUUAAAAAAGACUUGACUUAUGAGGAUAGUCUUUAAUCUCAUUUUAUUGAAAGAGAUACAAUGUAAAAUCAUAUUCUUCAUAUUGAGAACUAAGACAGCUAGUCUGAUAUGAGUCAUGCUCUUCUGGAGUAACUGAAAAUGCUAGAAAAGAGAAGAGCUGAUUCAAGUGAAUAAUAAGAUACUUAUGAUAGAAGAAGUGUAGAAAACUAAAGAAGAAAUGGUUCCUCUAUGUAAAAUACUUAAACUUUUAGAAAGCCCUAGUCAUUCGCAGUUCAUGCUAACCCGUAAAAUCUCAAAUUGCCCUAGAAAAGUAUGUACUAAGAAUAUCAAUUAUUUAACAACACUUAAGGAACCUUAGAAAAAGAAUAGAAUGUAUCAAUUUUUUAUGAUUUCAAACCUGCAUUUGAAAACUCAAAUAUAUCAAAUAACUCUAAAAAUGAUAUAAGCAAUAGCAGGAGUUACUUAAAAAAUCCAAAAAUAGAGGUCAAUUAAUAUGAUUCGAAUCCUAAUAGUAUAGUAAAUAGCUUCAGAGUUCCAGCCACAACAAUGGCUUCUCAGAUUAAACUUCAUUCAAAUCUACUCCAAAGGGAUAAAAACUUAGCCAACUUAAGCAACAGUGAGAAGAGUGAAUAGAUUGACUAUAAUGAUAUUAGUAAUGAUUCCAUCACUCAUAGACUUCAAAGUUAUGGCAAGAAAAGUUUGAUGACUCCAUAAUCUUAAAUAAGCUAGUACGUUAGAGCCCAAGCCAGUACUCAAAGAUAGUCAAAUGCUGAUGGCAUUGUAAGUUAGAGGAAAGAGCCACCCAGUGAUUAUAAAUUAUCUAAUCACAUAAGAUAUGAAGACAUGAGAGGGAGGUACAAUAAUAAUCAUGUCAAUAAUAAAUCCUAUGUUAGCGAUUAAAGUAACCCAAAUAUGCAGAAUAUUCUCAAUCAUAUCAAAUAAGAUACAAAUAUAUCAAAUCUAAGAAAUAUACAAGUAUCAAAUCAGCAAUUCUUGGCAAAUCUACACUCAAGUUAGACAUAAGAGGGAAGCAAGAGUACCUUAUCGAAUUAUAGUCAGAAAUUGGAAGAUUUAAGGAAAAGAUAUGGAAGGAUUAAUUGA